CCUGUAGGUCAUUUCUCAAGCUGUGGAGAUAGGGCUUUAGUUGUAGUGCUGGAUACAGGAUCUCUGUGACUUCAGAACUAUGGGAGCCUGGAGGUGCUUGCUUGUCCUUGCGGUUGCCCUAUUGCAGAAUGAUUUGGCACGUGCCGUGGUACCUUUAUUGUGCAGUUCAUCUGUUUGCCGAAUCAAUCCAACCUUGAAUACCAUCACUUUAGAGAAACCCUUCUGCUUCUUUACACAGCUUUCGCCAGCCAGGGUUGCCUUAUUCGUAGUGAAAACCUCUUCUGUGAACUGGAAUAUUGCACUGACAAAUCACUACAGAAACACGGAUGGUGGAAGUACAGCACCAUAUGUAGCAGACAAAUUUGACAACCCCAGCUGUUCUUCGAACCCCUCAAUUGCUGAUGUCAGCACGUAUGUCUAUCGUGUGGGAGCUAAUGACAGCUGUUUGAGUACUACAAUCUGCAACGGACCUCUUGCCGGCAACACGGCUUACAGUUUUAAGUAUGUAUUUUAUACUUUAACUGAUGGAUACUUGGCUGAGUCAGAGUGGUCCGCUCCAAUCACUACUAAGCAAGGUAAAUCUUCAGCAAACAUAGACACCUGGCCUGGUAGAAGAAGUGGUGGGAUGAUUGUCCUCACCUCCAUUCUCAGCGUGUUGACUUUCUUGGUCUUGGCAGGUCUAGUAGCUUCAGUGAUUACAAAUAUUAUGACACCAAUGAAACAACUAGAACCUACAAGACAUGAAAGUCGGUCUACUCAUAAUGUGCCCCAGAAGCCUGAAGUGGGAGAGUCGAGCGUCGGUGUCUCAGAUCACUAUAUUGCUCAUCCGGAAGCCUGAAGGAGCUCCAAAGAAUUUCGGUUGACAAUCCCUUUGAGGCUUUUGUACAAGUCAAAUGAUGAUUGAAUCAUAUUAGAAAGAUGGUUACUAGGGUCCAUAAUACCUAUUAUGGUGUGGUUCUCAUAAUGAUUGACUAAUAAAUUAAAGGGGUUAUACAAGAUUAUAAAAACAUGGCUGCUUUCUUCCAGAAACAGCACCACCCCUAUGCAUGGGUUGUGUCCAGUAUUGCAGCUUAAAAUGAGUAGCGAUAAUGCAAUGAACAGUGGACAGGUGUGGUGCUGUUUCUGGAAAUAGCCAUAUUUUUCUAGUUUUAAUUGACCCCCUUUACAUUUUUUUUUUCAAACGGAAGUCUCACUACAUUAAGUGCCUGGCUGAUGAUGUUUGCUGCAUGUGUAGCCCACCUCACCUUUUACCAGUGUGUAACAUGGCAGUCACUUUGCCACACAAUGAUGCCUCCCAUCCCCUUAGAUCACAUUUUUUCAAUUUCAUACUAAUAUCUAUAUCAGGUACUAAUGUUAAAAAUCACUGUGUAGAGUUUAUAUUUGAUAUCUUGUGUACAGAUGGAUUCUACCAAGGGAGCCUCUCCUUUUCUUGUACUUGAUCACUGCCAAAGUGUUAAAAGAUCAA